AUGCCGCUUCCUCCCAAGAAGAAAGCUCCUCCUCCCAAGGCAUACAUCGUCAAGCAUCCCGUCAAGCAAACAGUGCUCUCGUCCGUGAGCACGGUGUCUCACAGCGCAAAGACGCAUGUCAAAACGCAUCUCAAUGGAUCGGCGCACAACGCAACAUUGCCCAAGCCCUCUCGUACACCCACACCAUCUCGUCCAAGUAGCAAGGAGCCCGUUGAGCGGCUAAAGACUGAAAGGUCGCGAGCGCGAGCAAACAAAAGAGCCUCUCCAACCAUCACCACUCCGCAGUUCUCAGAUGACGAUGACGAGGAAGCCGAGGCGCAGCCCAAGAAGCGUGCGAAAACUUCAGAAAUGGUUGAUCCGAACAGGCAGAUCAAAGAUGUGGACGCUUUCGCUGGCAACGAGGCUAUCCGGGCCUCAAGAAUACAUGCCAGAGAGAUCGCCAACAGUGAUAUAAUUGCGCACAACGGCCGCAAUUCAUACGAGCCAUUCUUCACUGCAUUCACUACGAAUGAAGACCCCGAAGAGGCAGUCAUCACAACAGAAUACCCGGCCGCAGCGUCGGAGCCAGAGGAAUGGCACAUCGUCGUUCCAGUAGUCAACAAGUCUGAUUUCCACCCUCACGAGCAAAUCACUAAGAACAUGGAGGUUAUGCGAGACUAUUACUUGGACGAAGAAAGCAAGAAGAUAGUCGACAACAUCAAUGGCUCUGGCUUACUCCAAGCACUGAACAGAGUCGUCAGAAGGAAAGGCACAGAUCGAUUUGUUGGUGCCCGUACCGACUACAUCUCUAUUCUCUCACAAUACAACGAGCUCAUCCGCGCCAAGCGUGCUGAUGGCACCUUUUCGGCCGCAAUCGACAGAAUGCAGAACAUCCCGUUCCACCUUAUGACACGCAUCCUCAGCGAGACCUGCUCACGCACUGUCUCUCCCAGUGUGGAGUCGCUUAGUAAGUACACUGCUUUUAGUGAUAAUGUGUACGGCGAGCUCCUUCCACCAUUCCUGAGCCGGAUAUUCAAGGAAACUGGUCUUCGCUCUGAUCAAGUCUUCGUCGACUUGGGAUCUGGUGUCGGUAACUGUGUCAUCCAAGCUGCGCUCGAGACCGGAUGCACAGCCUGGGGCUGCGAGAUGAUGGACAGUCCAGCGCGCCUGGCCGCUAUACAAGCGAAGGAGUUUCGCGUCCGCUGCAAACUCUGGGGCUUCAAAGCUGGACCGGUCCAUCUCAUUCACGACGACUUCCUUCAGAAUCAGCAGAUUGGGGAGGUGCUCAAAAAGGCCGACGUGAUUUUGCUUAACAAUCAGGCUUUUACCGCGGAAUUGAACGACAAAUUGAAAUUCAAGUUCUUGGACGUGAAAGAGGGGGCCAAGAUCGUGAGUCUUAAGUACUACCGCGACCCUAAAUACCGCAUCAAGGACACGACGAUCAAUGAUCCGAUCAACGUGCUGAAAGUGGUGGAAAAGGAGCGUUUCAGUAAUAACGUCAGCUGGAGUAGCGAUCCCGGGAAGUGGUACCUGCAUACCAAAGACUCGAGCGAGCUGCAGGCCUUCCAAGCGCGUAUGUAUGCGAAUGGCGGCGGAGGCGAGCGAUAG